AUGGGCAAUGACAUGUCGAUUAUGUCGGGUGGGGGACGCAACAAGGAGGCCUGGGGCGAGGCAUGCGUCAGACGUGUCAAGCACGAGUUGCCAUCUCCGCACCCCAUUCCUCUCGUCCAUGGAGGCUAUCGAAUGCUGCCUGCGCUGCUCCUGGACGGCGAACUGCGCUCAACAGCAGACGAUAAAAGUAGCGCCUCCUCAUCGAGUUCUGUCGUCACGCCGUCGACCUACUCCACUGAGCACUCUGUGCUUUCAAGGGCAAACCAAAACCUGCGUCCACAGCACCGAGGACGUCGCAUGCUGUUGAGUGAUGUGACCUCUGCGACAAACCUGCCGGCAGCAGCGGCACCAACACAGCAGCAACAGCCGCAGAAGCACACGCAGUACUCUAUGUACGCUCGAGAAAUGCGGCGACGCGUCCGCGAUGGGGGCCGGUUCAGUCUGGGGCAUCGCAACAGCGGAGUCGACUUCAUGGUCGCCAACGAGUUUUUCAGCUGCAGCGACAGCACCGUCGGCAGCGAGGCGGAUCUCGACAGCAGCCGCGGAAGUUUGAGCAGCGCUAGCACGGAUAUUGAGAAUUACCCCGGAAGAGCGUACAAUCGUCGUGGCAUGACACCAAUGGAGCCCACCUUGCCUCGCCGCUCCGGCCGUCCCCUCAGCCGCCGCCGGGCACGCGAUGAGCUCUUCGAGCACCCCCUGCGGCAUGAGCUGAACAGGGUGGAUGGAGCACCUCCCAUCGUCUUGUCCUCCAUGCCCACUGCCGCCACCUCUGCCACGUCGCCACUGUACGCGAAGUCGAGCAGCACAGGUCGAGCAAAAACAACAACGGCAAAGACCGUCGCGGUGGUGGUCUCCGGUGUGGACAGCGGUAGCGACCCCCCACCGGCUCUCACCAGCAGCCGCAACAGCAGCCACAACAGCAAGUCCUCCGCAUCGAGUAGAAAGGAAAGCAACGCUGCGCCCACGUCGUCGGCGCGGCCGUCAAGUUGGCGCAAGCGACUUCUGUGGCCCACCUCUCAAAGCGAUACCCACGGCAGUGGCAACGGCAGCCCCACGAAAUGGGGCUCCUCUCACGCAGCCGGUGGCGCUCUCAGCGCGCACGAGGAGAAAAAGAGCAAAGCGGACGCGAAAAAAAUGCGGGAGAAGGGCUUCGAUUUUGAGAGACUGUGGCAGCAGAAGCAGCACCCGCAUCGCACACGCAGCUCGGUGGCAGCGGCGCAAGCGUCGUCCGAGACGGCUGGAGCUGCUGCCACCUCGACCAACGUAGAGGCUCUGGCGGCGGAGACGGAGGUGCCGAUCACGAAUGAGUCGCUGCGUGUCAUGGACAACACGGAGCUCUGUGAGCUGGACUUCUCCGCGCAGAAGGCGCGCAGGAUUACCUCCUCACAGCAGCGGAACACUCACGCAGAUAUGAAGCGUCAGCACACCAGGAGCGGCGGCGUUUUGGGCGGCGAGUACGGCUCUUUCAUGUGCGUGUCGAUGUCACCGGCGCAGCAACAUCACGCCACCAGUGAGGAUGACAGAGGCCGAUGCAGCGCGAACUGCGUUGCCUGCCUGCCUCGCUGGUCAGAGUCCAGAGUGUACCAGUGCAGUGGCAUCUCGUCGCACCACUCAGGCAGCAGCAACACGCACCAUCACAACCAUCCAGUGCGUCAUCAUCACAGCGGUGGAGACGACGGCAGCAAUGGCAUUCCAGGAACAGCGUUAGCCCGCCUUGUAGAUUCGAGGCGUCACCAUCACCAUCUCAAUUAUACUAACAGCACUGGCGGCUGGCAAGAUCUGAGCAGUGCGAGCUCCAACGACUUCUUCGCCUCGGAGCAGCAGAGCAGGCAGCACCGCAUGCUUUACGGAAUGAACGGCAACCUUCAUCGCAGUGGCCGUCGCUCGUGCGACGAUGAAGACGACGACUUGAACAGCGAAAGUGAGAGCUCGACCGCCUCCAUGCGCGAAGCAGCCCACCUGGCCACCGGGGGCGGUGAGGCCGUGGCGCACUCCUUCGGCAGCCUCUUCGCCGGUUUGCAGGCCGCUUCGCUGCAAUCAGUGGCGUCGCCGUCGCCUGGGCAACCGUGCAUCGAGCGCUUCGCUGAUGGAAGACUAAUGGAGUCGACAACCGCGAUGGACUACAGCGCACUAACCGUGCAGAAAACCUACGACGGCAGCGGCAAGCGUACAGCCAGUCGGCGCCCCUCUACUCCUGGCCCGCACUGCAGCGGAAGAGGCGUUGCCUCCGUUAUACCGGAGAGUAGCCAAGACGCUCGACACUCGCCGAUUUCGGUGGUGCCGAUGCCUGCAAGCGUCGUCGCGGCUGAAGUGCUGGACAACCGCAAGCAGGUCGACACCCCUGGAGUGAUUUGUGGAGCGUUGUUGGCCGGUGCGCCGUGCCGUGGCGACCACGACCACGUUCACGCCAUCGCUAACGUGAGCAGAUGCGGCAGUGAUCACAGCAGCAGGGGUAGCGACAGCUCUGAGUUCGACUUUAGCAGCAGCAGGAAUAGCAGCAUCAGCCCUGAUGUGAGUCUCAGAGGGUUUGUGAAAUCGUCGCGGGUGAAGUCGCCAGCCAAGGAAGUUUCACCGCUGCUCCUGCCACAGCCACCUACGCCGCAGACGGCGGUGGCGCGGGCUGAGGCGCCUAGCUUCCACAGACGCAGUGGAGGAGAUGGAAGCGCAAACCUGUCCUCCACCGAAUGCGCAAUGGCGUCUGUGCCGACAUUCAAGGGCUGCAGUGGCGGAACUCGCAGGCGGCAUCAUCGCGGAAACGUUGGCAACAGCGGCAAAGGCGCUGUGCAGACAACGACAAGCGUCCUCACCUCAGACCAAGGCAGCAGCAACGCAUUGCGGCCGACGCGGGCGGACAGCAAGGACCUCAUUCUCCGGCCUGGCCGCACCACCUCUACACGCCGCCACCGCAUUGGCGGCGAUGAUGACGCUCCAGGAGGCAGUGGCAGUCGUCAGCGGCGCCCGCGGAACCGAACACAUUCUUCAAAUAUGCGCCUCAGCUCUUUCAGCUUUAGCAGUGACAGCUUCCUCUAUGGCAAAGUACGUGGGCGUCUGGCGAAGGCGGCGGCAGUGGCUGCAAAUUCGCACAGCACCGAUCGUCGGCAUCGCGCGUCAGGCAGCGGCGGUUGUGAAGGCACGCAGGCGUACGUGCGUCAUCACACCCACGGUAAAGACGACUCAGUUGCGUCUGAGGCUUCCCAAUCAGCAUCAGUGCGCAAGAGGGAGACCGAGGGCCGCCCUGGCGGUCGCCAUCAUCGUAGCGGCAGGCAGCAUCGUCAUAAACGCCAUGGUGUCAGCACCAGUUCCGACCAGAAGCGCGAAAUGCGUAGUCGGAGCCACCUUCGCAGCAAGCACGGCAGCGGGAGUGAGAUGGGUAGCAUGGUGGCUGGUUUGGACGACCUGCUCCUCAGCGACGGCAGUAGGGGUGCCGCUGGUAACCUGACGUCGCUCUACCGGCGCUCCGUCUCAUCCUCUUUAUCAUCGCUGGCGCCAUCGUCCCGCAACAGCAGCGUCAACGGCGGCGUCGGUGGCUCUGGCAGCGGCGUCGGAAGCAGCUCUGUGCGUGUGCUGCGCAAGAGGGCUGCCAAGGCGCGAGACCUGUCGACCAGCUCCUCAGUCGACUCGGAGGCAAACGGCUGCCCUCACCCACACUGGUCAGUACCACCGUCGGCAUCCCAGCAACAACAGCAACACCUAUUGAAUGAUCACAUGCAAUUGAGUCAGCGGAACUCUGACCCGCAUCAGCAGCAGCAACAGCGUAGGGCAGCUGGUGCAACGGCAGCGGCGUUGCCAAGGCACCAUCUGUCCCUCACAACGGCGUCGAACAGCAGCGGCGACACCGUUUCCGCUAGCGGAAGUGCGAACGGCGCGGCGACCGGUGGCGCGUACGACACGAAGACGCCGCCCUUUAUGCCAAGCAUGGGCGCGGGCAUCAGCAGUAGCACCGAUCUGAGCACCGACCGCCCUGCGAACAGCGGUGGCUACCGCCUCACCAGCGAAUACAACACAGUGAUGCACCCACACCACCUAGCGCAGCAGCAACAAAGGGGGGCGAUCAUGACGACUCACGACCUGAUCGGAAAGGGGCAUUCGAGUAACAGCAACUACCUUCUUCAGCCGCUGCGAAGCCUGGCGGCGGCUAGCUCGGCAACGAUGGCGGCAGCACCAGAGGUGCACAGCGUAGUACCAAGCCACAGUACGUCCUUCGGUGGUGCGCGCCUGCUGCGAAUGCCGCUAUCACGCUCUCCUCGACACGCCAACAGCAAGAGCGACGGUGGAAUCGACUCCGCAACAGUGUCCUUCCCGGGCAUCAACGGCCGUGGCGACGGUGGUAGUAGUGCUGCUGCGCCAAGCUCAGUGGCGGCACUGUUGUCGGGGCCAGCCCGUGACUCGAGCACGAGGCGGCGUCGACCCACCACGCAGAACUUCACCCCGUUGUUUGUAGAUAUGAGUCGCUUCAAGGCGCUGCACGAAGCGCUGGAGUCGUCGAGUUAG